GCCGCUUCUUUUUUCCUCUUUGUUUACAUUUAGAAUUUUUAAUUGCGUGUUAGUUAAAUGAUCCACUUGUUGUUUUCUUUUCUCCCUCUCUAAUCAAUAUUCUUUAAUUAAUUCUGUUAAUUGUUCAAUUUAAGUAAUUCUAUCGUUUCAGCUAAUUGUCAGUUCGAUCAAUUAUCAACCCACCCAAUUGAAUAUGAAACAAAGUAACAACAUUAAUGAUCAAUUUACUUUUUGGUUAUGAGAAAAGGGUUGGGUCUUUAUUGGUGGAAAUUCAAAUUUUUCAGUUAAUCUUGAUUGUUAAUCUCGUUUUAAUCUCUCAGGUUUAAAAAUAAGCGAUGAUCAUUUUGGGAUUUCCAUUUGUUUUGUUUUCGUCGUUGGUGAUUAUGAUAAUUCUUGUGGUUUUUUUUUUAAAUAUUUUCUAUCAUUAAUUGUGAAUAUAACUAUUAUUCUUUACAAUUAGAACGGAUCUUGGUAAUUUAGUGUUGUCUUUAUUCAUUCCUUUAUUGUAUUUGGUUAAACAGUAAGAGAGAUAAUCAUCAUCGUCAUGAUGAAUUUUUCAUUCUUUUUCAAUGGAGACCAGAAAUGUUCACCAUUGUGUCUCUAUUUCCUAUAGACACAAUUUAGAUCAACAAGAGAAAAGUGAAACAACAUGGACUUAAAAUAGAACAUGAAUUUCAAUGGAAUCUAUUAUUACUGUUACUGGAUAACAACAAUAACCACAAGCGAAAGUUAAUAGUUCAAUAGAUAGAAUUUCAUUUUUGUACAAUAAUAUUUUUCACCUUUUAUUCUGAGUUAAUUGUUGAAAUAUAUUCACUAUCAUGUAUAAUCAUUUCCAUCAUCAACAUAUUCAGUAUUUUUCGGAUACUCUCUCUCUCUCUCUCUCUCUCUCACACACACACACACAAUUGUCACUUUACUGUCGAUAAAUUAACAUAUGCAUGAAAGUAUAGCCAUAAGCAACAACUUGGUAAUCAACGAACCUUAACAAUCAGAGAGUAAAGAAAAAGGCGAUCAAAGAAAAAUAGAAAUCAGUAACAACAAGAUCAACACUGGAACUGGAAAGAGAAAAGGAAAAGAUGACAAAGCCAAAGGAUUAAUCCUCUUCCAUCGUCAUGUUUAAUGUGUUAUAUGUGCUCACCUAUUGGAUAUUUGGUCACCAUGAUACCAUUGGAAUAAUGUCAUAAAUCACUAGAUGAAAGAAAUUGUUACAACAUGGGAAGAGAGUUAACUUUUUUUCUUCUUCUUCUUCUUCUCUGAUCAACCCUUCUAAUCCAAAUUAAUAUUAAUUUAUUCAAUGAUUAUCCAUCAGUGACCUUCUUAGGAAUUAAUUUUAUUGGUGUUUAAAUCUCCAUCUCUGUGUAUGUGGUUUUAUUCCUUGUACUUAAUUGGCUUCAAAUUGUUUAAUUUAAUCAAUGAAGCCUCAAAACAACAUCAACAACCUUAAAGUGUAAAGGAUGAUCAACAUAUUAACUUGCAACGAAAAAGUUUCACCAAUUUCAAUUGUUUCACUUAACUGUCUACUCUUCAUCCCAACAACAAUCAACUUUACUUCUCUGAUUAUGGUGAUUUGUUUCAAAUUAUCUUGAUGUUAUAUUGAAUUUCACUUACUGGGGCUAUUUAAUUGUUGUGAUUAUUUUACUAAAUCAUCUUUGUAAGGUUAUUAUACUUACAGUGGUUUCCAAUUUACGAUUGUGCUUAUAUUUGUUUACCAUCAUUUCAAGUCAAUAGUUAACGUUUGUUUUUGAUUGUUUUCAUUUUACUUUUAAUCGCCAUCAAAAUUAAAAAUGGUUGAUUAUUAUGAGGAUUUAUCUAAAUCAAUUGAUUUUAGUUCAUUAGCUGAUCCAACAUCUAAAUACGAGUUGAUUCGUGUGAUUGGUGAAGGUACUUAUGGCGAAGUGUUUGAAGCAAAGGAUCGAGAAACCGAUCGUCAAGUUGCCAUUAAAAUUAUGGAAAAUAUCAGUGAUAAUAUUGAAGAAGUGGAAGAGGAAUAUUUAAUUCUAACUAAUCAAUCUCUCCAUCCAAAUAUACCUUCAUUUUAUGGAUUAUACCUUAAAUUGGGAAAUCGCCGAGAAGAUGAUCAAUUGUGGUUCGCACUGGAGCUAUGUUCUGGAGGAUCGGUAACUGAUUUGGUUCAAGGUUUAUGUAAAAAAGGUGAAAAAUUACCUGAACGGAUAAUCGCAUAUAUUUUACGAGAGACCAUAGAUGCAUUGAGUUAUCUUCAUCAGAGUCACAUCAUGCACCGAGAUGUUAAAGGUCACAAUAUAUUAUUAACCGAGGAAGGUGUGAUUAAGUUAAUUGAUUUCGGAGUCUCAUCUCACCUGAAUAAUAGUCAAGGUAAACGGAACACCUCAGUUGGUACACCAUAUUGGAUGGCACCGGAAGUGAUUGCAUGUGAACGACAAUUAGAAUACGCUUAUGAUGUUCGCUGUGACGUUUGGUCACUCGGAAUAACGGCCAUUGAAUUAGCCGAUGGUGAACCUCCGUUAGCUCAACUACACCCGAUGAGAGCUUUAUUUCAUAUUCCAAGAAACCCACCGCCAAAGUUAAAGAAACCCUCUUGUUGGACUGAAAAUUUCAACGAUUUCAUAGCCGAAUGCCUUAUCAAAGACUAUGAACAACGACCUCAAAUUUGUGAGCUUUUACUUCACCCUUUUAUUAAGCAAGUUGAUUGUAAACAUGAUGAGUUGGCAAUGGAAUUGAAAAACUUAAUGUUGAAAGUUCGUGGCUGUGGUUAUCCUAAACGUAUCCCUGAGGUUACAACUAAACAUGGUAAAUUAAAGGUUGACCGUCGAUCUGAACCACUGGCCAUUGUCCACGAUGAUCUUGCCUCAUUGGAAAAUUUAAACCAAGAAAUUGUAAUAAAUCACCUGUUCGAAAGGUUCAAAGAAGGUCAAAUAUAUACCUACAUUGGUGAUAUACUUGUAGCCGUAAAUCCGUUCCGACCAUUGGGAAUUUAUGAUGAAAAGCAUUCAUUAAUGUAUCGUAAUAAGGCCAAGAACGAGAAUCCACCUCAUGUCUAUGCAUUAGCCGAUUCUGCUUAUCAUCAAAUGUUACAUCAUCGUCGUAAUCAGUGUAUUGUUAUUUCAGGUGAAAGUGGAGCGGGUAAAACGGAAUCAGCAAACUUUUUAUUGAAACAUUUAGUGUUUCUGGGUAAAGCACUUAAUCGUAACCUUGAAGAUAAAAUUCUUGAAAUUAACCGAAUCAUGGAAGCAUUUGGAAAUGCAAAGACAGGAAUCAAUGACAAUUCAAGUCGAUUUGGUAAAUUUUUAGAUGUUACAUUUACCAAAACUGGUAAAGUUACCGGUGCCAAAUUAUAUGUUUACCUGUUGGAACGAUCAAGAGUAGUUUGGCAACAGAAUGGUGAACGUAAUUAUCAUAUUUUUUAUUAUAUGUACGAUGGUUUAGCUGAAGAGGGUCGAAUCAGUGAUUACUUUCUUCAUGUUCACACCGAUUGUCGAUCUCAUCGUUUCCUUGGUGGUAAUCAACAUGAUCCCGAAAGUAUAGUAAAAAAUGUGACCGCAUUUCGAGCGGUCAAACAAAGUUUUCAACUUCUUGGAUUUCGUUCAAAGGACACUGAUUCAAUUAUUGCCAUUUUAGCGGCCAUACUUCACUUGGGUGACAUUAGAUUUGAAGAAGCUGAAGAGACUCACAAUUCAAAUAAAUGUAAAUUGACCAAUCCAAGUAUCAUUCCAAUUGUGGGUCAGCUUUUACGUAUUGAUGCCAACAGCCUGGUGGCCGCUUUAACCCGUAACACUGUUGUUACUCGUGGUGAGAGUAUAAUUAAAAACCAUUCCGUUCAAGAGGCUGAAACAACUAGAGAUGCCAUGGCCAAAGCGAUUUAUGGUCGACUUUUUGAUUGGAUAGUUAAUCAAAUUAAUCGUCUUCUUGCACCAGGCCGAAUGGUCUAUGGUGAACCUUUGGCUGUCGGUUUAUUGGACAUUUUUGGAUUCGAAAACUUUAGAACCAAUUCUUUUGAACAACUUUGUAUUAACAUCGCCAAUGAGCAAAUGCAAUAUUAUUUCAAUCAACACAUUUUCCGUUGGGAGCAACAAGAAUAUAUUUCAGAAGGAAUCAACGUUGAACUUAUUGAAUUCAACGAUAAUAAGCCCGUUUUGGACAUGUUUCUUGGUCGUCCUCUUGGAAUGCUGGUUCUACUUGAUGAAGAGACACAUUUUCCGAAUGCUACUGAUGCCUCGUUAAUCGAGAAAUUUCAUUCCAAUAUAAAAAGUUCCUUCUACUUGAAACCUAAGUCAAAUGCACUACAAUUUACUGUCAUGCAUUACGCUGGAAAGGUAACUUAUGAGGCAAGAAAUUUCUUGGAAAAAAAUCGUAAUUAUGUGCCACUAGAGGUUAUUCAAUUACUCCGCCAAUCGUCUGUGCCUAUUGUUAAGGCUCUAUUUGCCUUUCCGUUAACCAAAACAGGUCACCUUUACAUUGGAGCUGAACCCGAUUCGGGUUCAUCGAUUGAUGCUCCAACCAAAUUGGAUGGAGUUACUAGUCCAGUAACUCCAAUUGGUUUAGGUAAAAAUGGUUUCGAUCAUGAUAGAAAUGGUUUGGUUAGUCAAACACGAACCCAACAAACUGUGGCCACUUAUUUCCGUUUCUCAUUAAUGGAUUUACUUCAUAAACUGACCAAUGGUGCUCCUCAUUUUGUCCGUUGUAUUAAACCAAACGAUUCAAAACUUGCGAUGACUUUGAGCCAUGAGAAAAUCGCCGAGCAAUUGGCCUACACUGGAAUUAUGGAGACAAUUAAAAUUCGUCAGAUGGGCUUUUCUCAUCGAAUACCAUUCGCUGAGUUUCUUCGUCGAUAUAGUUUUAUUGUUUUCUCUUUUGAGGAAAAAGUGGUCGCCGAUCGGGAAACUUGUCGUUUACUAUUGAUUCGUUUAGGUCUUGAUGGUUGGGCACUUGGAAAAACAAAAGUUUUUCUCAAAUAUUAUCAUAUUGAAUACUUAUCUCGUGUCUAUGAUGAAGUUAUCCAAAAAAUUAUCAGAGUACAAGCUUUCGCCCGUCGUUGGUUAGAAAAACGAGCGGAAAAGGAGCGAUGGAAUGUCGCCCGAUCCAUAUUGAUAAUGCAAAAAUAUGCUCGCGGUUGGUUAGCACGUAAACGUAUGAUGGAAGCCAAAACAAGUCCCCGAACUCAAUAUGAUUACAACGGUGAUUACUCAAAAAGAGAGGACACUUCAUCUGUUAGUCCAACAUCAACACCGAACCAAGCGAAACGAGCUCGACCUCAUGAAGUUCAAAAUAUGAUGAUAAUCUCUUCCUCAUCUUCCUCAGUCUCAUCAUCUUCACCCUUAGUUUACCAACAACAGCAACAAAGAAAUGGACGUUGUCCAUAUUGGCAAUCGCCCGAAAAAGCGGCCAUUUUAAUCCAGAAAUGUGUAAGAGGUUAUUUAACGAGGAAAAAGGUGAAACCUCAUCUAGAUGAACAUCGUCGAGUUAUUCCUGCACCGAUUGUCCCUCCUCAUCAACGACAAGUAUUUGAAGUUGGUCGUCACCAUGGUCAUCAUCUUCAUCUUCAUCAUCAACAGCAACAUUUAUAUUACCAGCAACAGAAACAAUUGUUACAACAACAACAACAAUUAGCUGGAAAGGGAAAUCAUUUUGUUGCCGAUCGGAUGAAAAUGUAUCAAGCAUCCCCUGGAUUAAAUAAUAAUAAUAAGCAAAAUAUCAACAACAACAAUAAUAACAAUUACAAUAGUAAUCAAAUCUGGUCUAGAGAUCAAAAUAUUAAUAAUCAAAUCCACUCUUCCCGCCCUCAGUGUCUCAAUUUUAACAAUCGAGUCAAUGAUAAAUCAUCAUCCCCACCCAAACAACAACAACAACAGUACAACAACAAUGACAAGUGUUCACCUGUCCAUCAUCAUUUAAUUCAUCAAUUUCAAUCUAAACAACAAUCAACUGAUCAUAAUGAUCAAUAUCCAUCUCAUUUCCUUAUGGCAACAUCUAAACUAGGAAUUGAUUAUAAUGUACCCUACACUUUGGAUGAUCCUUGGGAUGCACCAUUAAGAAAUCUUGAGAGAAAUUUCCAUCAGCCACAGGCUCAGGUAAUCUCAGUGGGUAAAUAUUUAAGUGAAGAUUACAUGUUACAAUCAAGGUUGGAAAAUCAUGAAAAAGAAAAUUUAAUUUCCAGUAAAUGGUGGGAUUUAGUUAAACAAACAACCGGUGAUGUAUUGGGUAAUUAUCCUGGUGAAACAACACCAACGGCCGAUAACAGGAUGGGCUUGAGUCCGUCUAAAGAUCACUCGAUCAGUUGUUCGCCAUCUUCAUCGGCAGCGGUUUCAUCGGAUAAAAUGAGACCUGGAAAUGGUAAGAAAGUUUUGGUCGAGGUGGAAAGUUGGUUCCAGCGAUGUGGCGGUGGUCAACCUUAUAACAUAUCACCAGAAACGGGGUCAGCAUCAGAUCAAGGUCCAUAUCAAUUUCGUAUACUCAAACCCGCAUCAACGGGAACCAAUAAAAGCGAUGGAAGUAUGAGAAAAGCUUCAGUAUCAGAGGAAUUUCCAUUCGAUUUUCGAAAACUUCUCCGUCGAACUGAACACGCUCCGACCGAUACAUUAAAGCGAUGUAAAGGAAUCAUGUCCCCACAAUAGAAAUCGAAUUAUUAAUCAGAACCUUAAUUAAUCUAAUUAGCAUUUAGAACUAUCAAUGAGUUGAUAUUUCUCUUUCUUUUCAUUUACUCAACAAUAACCAAAGCGAAAAAAGUCCAAAGGAAAUUGUAUUUUAUUGAUAUUCCAAUCAAAAAGAAUCAAUUAGUUAAUUAUUUAUAAAU